AUGGCUCACAACCAAGGAACGGCGGUGCCUGGAACGCACUACACGGCGGAGGAGCUGACGGGAACCACUCAGGCGGUGCGUUCGUAUGCGGCGUCGGCGCCCCAGGCCGAGAAGGAGAAGAAGUACGGGCAGCAGGAGUGGGGCCUGUUCGAGACCAACUACCAGCGCAACAAGGGCAUCACCACCGACGACUCCCUAAAGGAGAUCGAGGACUUCUCGAAGCACGGAGUCGUGCCUGGUGGUGGCGUACUUGGCGGCGGUGGCGGCCGUGGAGCCAGCGGCGGCGGCGGCGGUGGCUUCGGUAGCGCUGGCGGCGGCGGCGGCGGUGGUGGCUUCGGCGCUGGCGGUGCUGGCGGCGGCGGCUUCGGUAGCGCAGGCGGUGCUGGUGCCCAGGGCUCGCUUCCCUUCGGUCCCGGUGGCGACGCUGGCGCGGCCUUCUUCUCGCAGCAUCAGCAGAAGGAGGCGGCCAAGUACAAGCCCGGCUUUAGAGGAUGA